UGAACCAAACUCGGAUCAGCGCCUUCGCGAGAGAGAGAGAGAGAGAGAGAGAGGGAGAAGGAGCUAGAGAGAGGCUCCUAUGGCCACGCCAAACCCUAACCCUAACUCGUCCUCCUUCUACUACGAGAAUCACUACGUCCUCAAGGAGGAGGAGGAGGAAGAAGAAGAAGAUGAAGAGAUGGGUCGGGGGAGGCGCGAAGCGUGGCCGCGGCGGGGCGGGGCGGUGAGGCUGGAGGGGUACGUGGAGGGAUCCGAGGGCGAGGAUGGGGGAUCGGACGGUGGUGGUGGCAGUGGUAGUGGUAUGGCGCCGAGGAGGAGCCUCACGGGCGAGGACCUGGAGGAGCUCAAGGGGUGCUUCGACCUCGGCUUCGGCUUCUCCUACGACGAGAUCCCCGAGCUCUGCGGAACCCUACCCGCCCUCGAGCUCUGCUACUCCAUGUCGCAGCGCUUCUUGGACGAUCAGCAUCAGCACCAGAAGCACCCUAAUGAGCCCGGCGAAGUCGCGGCCUCGGCGGGGUCGGUUCAUGUCCCAAAUUGGAGGAUUGCGGGUGCUGGUGAUGAUCCAGAGGAAGUGAAAGCAAGGCUGAAGUAUUGGGCUCAAGCAGUGGCAUGUACAGUUAAACUAUGCAACUGAUCGCGGUUUGAUCCUUUGGCUCAUCCAUGACAAAGAUUCAUAAGUUUUAUAGGAAUCAGAAUACUGAAGCCUCACGCGAGGAAUUGAAUCCUAUUAUGAUUUCUUCCCUGCUCGGCGGAAUUUUGAGGCCAUGCUUUCGCUCUGAGGUUCAUGUGAUAACCUAAAACCCGUUUCAUCCCAAUCCAGUGCUCAUCUAAAGAAGAGGACGGCGAAAGGGAUGAGAUGAUCUGAGGUCUGCAGUUAAUGAAGCAAUUUACUGAGUGUUCAGAUGUGUUGUAUUGGAUAAUUUUUCAGUUUGAGGACUAAGAUAAUAAGUAUGUUUUCCUUUGUCUUGUUACUAUAUGUGUGCAUGGGGUUGGGUAAAAAACCUAGGCUCUGGCUACAGAAUUUCAUUCUGCUUGUAAAGUGCUAUGUAUUUUUUAGAUGCGUAAUAAUAUAUGAAAUAUGUCUUUUCCUGUUACAUGAAAAA